CUGACAACGCAGAAGGUACGGCCCACCGCCCGGGGCGCGGGAAGCCGUAGCCGACAGUCCAGCAUCGGUCGCCUCAGCCGUAGGUCACGCUGGGGCUGUGUGUGGACAAGGUGGAGGCGCUUCCCGACUACAGGGAGGCGACGAAGCAGCCCCCGGCGACGGCGAAGACGAUGGCGCCACAGGCACCCCCACUGCUGUACUACAUGGCGGCCAGCCCGCCGUGCCGCUCGGUGUUGCUUCUGGCGCGCGCCCUUGGGCUGCGUAUCGUACUGCGCGAGCUCAACGUACUGGCUGGCGAGCAACUCGACGCCGCCUUCAUCAAGUUAAAUCCGCAGCACACCGUUCCAACAUUAGAUGACAAUGGUUUCAUUUUGUGGGAAAGCGGCGCCAUACUGUGCUACCUGGCUGACCAGUAUGCGAAAGAUGACUCUCUCUACCCAAGGGACCCGAAGCGCAGAGCCGUUGUCGACCAGCUGCUCUACUUUGACAGCGCAACUCUGCAGCAGCGUAUUAACCAGUAUUUCCGACCAGUAGCUUUCGGUGGGGCCAAUCCUGACCCGUCAAACCUGCAGAAGGUGGAAGAGGCGCUGGGCUACCUGGACAAGUUCAUCGAGGGCCGCGCAUGGGCGGCUGGCGACUACUGCACGCUGGCUGACUUCUCGCUCGCAGUCAGCGUUAGUAAUGUAGAGGCGUUUGGCGUGAACAUCAACAAGUACCCGCAGAUCAGGAAGUGGUACACGAGAUCAAAGCAGGAGAUGCUCGGCUUCGAAGAGCUGAACCAGGCCGGCGCCAAUAUGCUGGCCAGCAUACUCAAGCAGAAGGCGCAAGAGAACGAGGGAAACAAGGAGCACACUUGAAGCACUUCCGUGUGACGUCACGUCACGUCACGUCACGUCUCUGUAGCUGCACGUCACCUUCCAGUCACAGGGCAACUCAGCAAAAGGCAGCCACUCUUAGCUCCUGUACGGACAAAUACCUUUGUCUGUAUAUACUCAGAUAAAUAUCCAAACCACUAUCUUCACUCUCUUUCCUAAGAUUGACGUCAAUAUACCACAUCUGCUGAACGAUUCUGGAAUAGUUGAUCAGGACGAAGAUACAAUAAUAAUUUUUUCAGAAUGGCUAACAUUUUCCUGAACUGCGUCUCCUGUCUGUCUUUAUUAGUGUUAGUGUAUGGCUGUGAAACACUGUAGUGUUUACUUUAUUUGUUUACACGUAGAACAUGUCAUAUUAACUAUGAAAGUUGUGAUGUGUGUAACACUUAUAAAUUGUUCCUGACGUUUCCGUUUGUUAAAAUCGUAGCAUGUAAAUCCAACUACAACGUUUCUUAUCAUGGAUGCGAAGCCAGAUAUAACGUGACGUUACUUUAUUAAACUGUACACACAUUUUCAAACUUCAAAUUUUAAUUGCUUAUUUGUGUAACUGAUUUGCAACUCUCUUCUUAUGAGGUUGUCUAUUGCUAUAAAAUGUUACUGAAAUUA